AUGACCACCACUAACGUAAAUGAUAACAAUCUAGCUUUUUUUAAGAGUCUCACUCCAUAUGUAAUUCGAGAUAAGCCAGUGGGAAGUUACAUGGGAAAUUCAGAAGUCAUUACCAUGGCCAUUAAUCCAACAGGAAAUAGAAUUGUAUAUUCUCGAACUGAUAAAACCAUUAGAAUAUGGAAAUCAACUCCUGAUUCUGCAGUAGAUCCUAAGAUUAUAAUUGAUCCUCAUAAUAAAGCAGUUGAAAGUAUUUCAUUUAAUCCAAAAACUGAAUUUCUGUUUGCAACUGUUGGUAAAGAUGAAUAUGUUAAAAUCUGGAAUUCCCAAAAUGGUGAUAAAAUUCGUGAAAUCAAAUGUGAUUUUGAUACUUUGAAAUUGGUAAGAUAUUCCAAUGAUGGUAAAUUAUUGAUUGUUGUGGAUAGAACAUCAAAUAUUAUGAUACUUAAUGUUGAAAUGAAUUACAAAUUGGUUCAUACAUUCAAAGUUAAUGAACAUGUUUAUGAUUUAAAGUGGUUCCAUCAUGAACAUCAAUUCUUUCUUAUUGCAAUGCACGACGGGAGUGUUCUUCUAUAUGAAGUAGCAGAAGAAACAAGAGAAGAUGAAGAAGAACGUAUAAUAUAUUCAACCAAAUUGAGAUCCAAAAUUAAAGGACACAAUUCAUCAAUUACUUCAAUUGCAAUUUCACCAAGGGGAACAUAUUUCUGUCUUGGAAGUAGUGAAGGUGUGGUUAGUGUCUGGAAUGUUGAAGGAACAUUAAUAAAUCUGCAUGUUAUCACCGAUGUUGAUCAAAGUAUUUCACAUUUGAGUUGUAGUAAAGAUGGUGCUUAUCUUACAGUUGCUUAUGAUUCUGAUAGCAACCUGCGAGUUUAUGAUUAUGAAUCUGGACAAUUGAUGUAUGAGAUUCCUAAUACCUCAAGUGGAAGUCAAACAUUCAGCAGUGCUAAUUGGUAUCCUAACAAAACUGGUUUCAUAUGCACCAGUGAUCAUGGAACUACAGUCACUAUAAUGAAAAAACUCGAUGAUGGACGAAAACUUGAAGAUGGACGAAAACUAGAUGAUGGACGAAAACGAGUCCAAAGAGAUCAAAGAGACCAAAGAGAUCAAAGGGAUCAAAGAAGAAGGAUAUAG